AAUAAGAACAGACUCACUCAGUAACUCAGGAGAGAGAGAGAGGAAUAGAAAGAGAGAGAAGGUGUCAGCAAUAUCAUCAGAGCCAUUAGUUUUAUCCAUGUACAGAAGAUUCUGCAACCAAUGGACUCUGCAAAAAUACCCUUUAAAACUAUCAGCCCAACAGGAACAAAACCUCUCUCUGUGUCUCUGAAAUCUACCAAGUUGUUGUUGAUCUUUCCCUCUUCCUGUUCUUCUUGUUCUCCUUCUUGGUUUUUCUAGAGAUUAAAAUUUCCUUCUUGUUUCUCUCUAUUUCAAAAAAAUGAUGAACACAAGUGCAAGUGCAAGCGCAAGAAACAGGUCUCCUUUCACAGCAAUUCAAUGGCAAGAGCUUGAGCAUCAAGCUCUAAUCUUCAAAUACAUGGUUGCAGGGACACCUAUCCCACCAGAUCUCCUCUAUAGUGUAAAAAGAAGCUUGGACUCUUCAAUUUCUUCAAGGCCCUUCCCUAACCAUCCCAUUGGCUGGGGAUGUUUUGAGAUGGGAUUUGGCAGAAAAGUAGACCCAGAGCCAGGAAGGUGCAGAAGAACAGAUGGGAAGAAGUGGAGGUGCUCAAAGGAAGCAUACCCAGAUUCCAAGUACUGUGAGAGACACAUGCACAGAGGCAGAAAUCGUUCAAGAAAGCCUGUGGAAGUUACAUCAACUGCAACAACAACAACGACAACAAACACCACCACCAACAACCUUUCACCACCUAUCCCAUCAAUCAACAGAAACCUUUCCAUAAACACACCCACCACCAUUCCCACAACAACAACAACACCAACGAACUCUUCUUUCUCUGUCUCUCCACUUUCUGAUACAUAUCCUCAACACCAUCCUUACCAUGAUUCCACUGCUUAUCCCUUCCUUUAUUCACAUUCUUCCUCUUCAAGACAACCUCUUUCUGGUUUUUUACCUCAAAAUAACACUACCCAUCAGCUAUUUUUGGACUCUGGAUCCUACUCUCAGGCUGAUAAAGAUUACAGGUGUCUUCAUGGAGAAAGAGAGGGUGUGGAUGAGAGAGCUUUCUUCCCAGAGGCUUCAGGGUCUGCCAGAAACCUACCUGAUUCAUACCAGAGAUUAACAAUGGGCCCCUACAAAGCUUACUCCCACACACAGUUUCAAAGCCUUACUGAUAGUUCAAAACCUCAGCAGCAGCAACAAGACCAACAUUGCUUUGUUUUGGGUACUGAUUUCAAGUCACCAGGACAAGUUAAAGCUGAGAAAAAACCUGAAAUCCACAAACCAAUGCACCAAUUUUUUGGAGAGUGGCCACCAAAGAACACAGACACCUGGCUUGAUCUUGCAUCAAAUUCAAGAAUCCCUGCUGAUGAUUGAAAGUCUCAUAAUAGUGAUACUGGUUAUUUUGAUCAUGGCCAAAAGAGUCCUUGGUGUUGGUGGGGUCAAUAUCUAUAACUUCUUGUGGUUAGGGAAAGCUUUAUUUAGCUAAAGGUUGUUGGUGAAUAAUGUAGGGUCACAACAGGAUUUCUGCUCUUUUGCUUUUCUUGAUACUUAUUUUCUUCUUCCUCCCCUUAAAGAAACAUGUUUGGGAUUUGUAGACUUGCUUGUUUGAGUGGAAGCAUCAUGAUUUGCUUUGGGGUCCCUUAAAUCUAAACUGUGUAGUAAUUGAAGCACCUUUCAUAUGGGUUUGUGCUUUAUGGUUAUACCAGUUAAUGUACGUGGACCCGUCAAAUAA